AUGUAUUCUUACUUUGGCAAGUGUUUAUAUCGAGAUUUGGUGUUGGAUAAGAGAAACGCUUGGAAUGUGUGUUUAGGUAUAGACUGGGAUUUAGAUUCGGUAGAUGAGAAAGGUGUGGGCCCUGGGAACAUGAGAGCUGAGAGGGAAGACACUGUAGAACACCAACGGGAAGGUAUCUUCAAGAGGCUCGCACAAGUCCUCAAGUUGAAACGUCCAUCCAUACAACAAAUUACUGAACCAUCCGAGCCAGAAAAAAACCCAUUCCCACCUCCGAUUCCUGCUCCAUUCGGUCUCGAUACCAUCAGUAUUCAUCAUCGCAAAGUCCAGCUUCUAAAUCAUGUUCAAUUCCUCUACAUUACCGACCUCGAAUCAGCAGCUUACGUCUGUAGAGCUCUCGGUACAGAUAUAGUACCCCGAUCCGAACCUAAAGAUCGACCAUGUUCCUACCCUCAUCCUCCCGCCAGAACAUUCAAGAACGUCCAGACCAUCGCACUAGGAUUUGACCUCAUGAAAGCCGAAACGAGUUUUUUCGGUUCUAAGAUAGGUGGAUUGUUGAUGGGAAUGAGCUGGGAUCAAAUAGGUUUCUUCGAUCCUUACCAACAUCCCAACCCGGAAAAUACCCUACAUACCCUUGCAUGUACUCUCAAGCCAAAACAGGUAUGCUCAACUUGGUGUAGAGGACUGGAAAGACCAUGGGAUUGUACGUUCUUCUGGAAGAUGAAGGAUUUAGUGGCCAGUUGGAAGUUAGAAAGUUUCACUUGGCAUAGUACGGAGGGACUUAUGGAUCCUGGAAGAUCAGCUGGACUAUAUUUGUUGGACGAGACUAGAGCAGUCACGUCUUUCUUUCCUCCCAAUAUACCUAGAAUCCGAGCUUCCAAUCAUCAUUCCUUGACUGACCGAUGUGGUGGAUCUGGAGAGUCAUGUGAAUGUAGGAAAGCUCUUAAAGAAAUAUUGAUCCAUCUCACUUUGGAAGAUUGGUCGGACGAGAUUAGGAAUGAGGAAAGAAAGGUAGAUUUAAUAGGUUAUUCAUGUCUAGAAAAGAUUGGUACAAAUGAUAUUUUGAGAGCAGUAGUAGAAAGUCAACAAUACUUGGAAAAAGAUGAAGAUGAGAUUCAAAGAACUAGAAAGGACUGGGACGGUAGGAGGGAAUGGAUAGGAAGUAAUUUUAGGAUAUUGGACAUUGAUGAAGCUGAAGGGUGUGUAUGCUGUGGGACGAAGUGA